GUAAACAUUGCGCCCAUAUUUGCCGACUUGAAGCCCAAACUACCGGCAAAUGUUGAGCCUUUCACCCGAUUUAAGCUCAACAGCUCAGCCAUCUCUGAACUGCCGGCCAAUGUGUUCAGUGGCGUUCCCUUCGCUAAAAUGCAUAUCCAAAACGCUUACGCCUUAAAGCGUGUCCACAGACUGGCCUUCAACGGCACCGAACGCACCGUUCAAGUCAUUAAUUUUUCCAACAGUCCGGUCAGUGAAGUGGUUGUCGGCGAUUGGGAUCUCUUCGGUGCCAUUCGUUUGGUCAAUGGUUUGCGAGAUCUCGUGAUGUCGACCACUGCCCUGACAUCCCUGCCCUCUAUGGCUAUAUCUAAUUUGCCCAAAUUGAGCACGGUGGAAAUACUGUACCACCGCAUACAACCCGUGGCCACCAACGCGUUCCACAAUCUACCGUCGCUACAGUCGAUUGCCAUCCGAUACGGUCGACUCGAGUUUAGAGAACACGCGUUUACUGUGGGUCGCAGUCCUAAUAGCCGUCCGCUGCAAAUCCUAUUUCCCGACGAAUCCCUGUCCGACAACUCGUUCACUAAAGCGGUGUUCGACGGUAUCGGACGUCCGGCCACUAUAUCUCUGGACGCAAACUCUGUCAGCCAUUUGGAUAAAACAGUUUUCAACAGCUUUUUGGCCGAAAACUCAUUUAAUACAGUCUACGACCGGACCUUCAAUUGCAGCGACACUCAAAAUAAUUGGGUCAGCGAUAAGUAUCACAAAGUUUGUGUGUGUAUUGUUGGCUAUAAUGGAAAUCACGCGAGAAUUCAGAGCUACGAGAAUAUAACGACUGCCGGCUGUGGAGUCGGGAGGAGAGGGAGUCUUAUGGACAACAAGUGCUUCACUUAUCAUCCAAACAGUAAUACAAUGUUUGCCGGCAUUCAAAACGGACGGGUAGUCCAGAAGGGAGAGCAGCCGUGGGCUGUGUUUAUCACAGAUUUAAAAAAUGGACAUUGUGGCGCAAAUUGUGCGGUGACUGACAUUCGUGUAUAUCCGGGUCUAACGAACCAAAGCUUUACGAGCCAUCCAUACUAUACGGGCGGUCAGUAUUUCAUUACAUCCGAGUUUGAGACCAAUCAAUUGAAGACUUAUGACUUGGCAUUAAUCCGACUCAACACUACUAUACCAUUGGACGGUACGUCCGGUUCGUCGGGUAUUAACUCGAUUUGUUUGCCCGAAGAGAUGGCCGUCAAUGAGGCGGAAGAAUACGUGCAAUUGGUUGGGUUCGGGAACGACAACGAUAACGGGACGGGAGCGGGAAUACAGCGAAUUGGUUUUGCUAAACUUAUGAAAGCCGUUGCGGACAACACUUAUGGCCAAAACUACGGUUUCGCUGCACAACGCAUACCAUUCCCGUCGGGUUCGGGGUGA